AUGUCGGACUUCCGACCUCUACAUAACACCGAAGUCCUGGAAAGCGCUUUCCCAGCGCUUCGAAAAUUGGCUAAAGAACUGGCCGCAAAGCGCAAGGAGAUUGAAGAUCGAACGGAGGAACUAGAAUCUAUGAGACGGGUUUCGAUUCUCAGAAAUCUGAAGUCGUCCAUGGCAGAUGAUAAAGACUACUUCGAGAAAUCCGCAUCGGUCGCAGCUUCUCGCAAAAGAAGACGGGAUGAGGGUGCACCUGUUUUUGCCAGUGAAGAGGAGCUGGCACAUGUGCGAGAUAACGACAGGAAUUUUGAGAUGUCGUUCGUAAGGAGUGUCUCGCCCGUCUCGGACACCGCAAGGAGUGUUCGUAGCGAGACUUUCGGCCGAGAAACAGAGGAGGAUGAGCGUUCUUCGAAGAGGCGGCGCGGCGACGAGGAAGAGAUUACCGACGACGGAGAACUAUACGACGGAGAUCCAGUCUACUCUUCUCCCAUUCAAAUGAGCGAUGAGCGGGUCGAAGAACCUCCAAAUCGGGGAGGAUGGUUUCGCCACACAGCUGGAAAUAUCGGCAUACAGAGUGCUGAAAAGUUUGUCGGAAACAAGCCAAUCUCAAAGUCACGUUUGAUAUCACUCGCCAGGCGAGCAGCGUUCAGAGUUCAGUUUACGAGCGCAAGGACGGGCGAACUACUCUCAGACAACCCGCUGGUCCAGCACACAAUUGAAGUUCAGCCUGAUGCUCCGUCAGGAUCAGCCUUCACCCCGCAGCAAGAAAGUACGCAAGAUAUCGGCGAGAGUGACGAUUAUAGGGUGUCUACGGACCAAUCUGAGGAAGCUGAAGCUGGAUCCUCGAGUGUGGACCUCGACCAACCCGAAGACUUAGAAGACCUCGCAGCCUACUAUGAGCGAGUUGUUCACCUUGCCCGCCAGCCGGCCGUGGUCCACUAUGUCCGAGACGCGUUCAUUGACUUGAACAGAUACCAAGCAAAGCAUCCCAACAGCACGAUCACUGCUGCUGAUGUGCGACGGAAGCUGAAGUUCGUGCUAGAACGGGAAGCAGUGGUGCACUUUGUUGAUGACUGGUCAAGUUAUUCUCUGCCAGUAGAUCUCAUUCUUGCCGACCUGCAGGCCGCUAAAGGAAGCAAUGGGGUCAAAUUUUGCGGUUGCCCCAUCACCUCUGAGCACCAAAGUUCCACGAACAGCUCUGAUCUCGCUGAUUCGGAACAGUCUAAUGGAUGGGGGUUUGGAUCGCAUAGUCCCGAUGAGGGUGAUGCGGGAUAUGAGAGCUUUCGUGUCUUCGAAAAGGAAGACGAAGGAAUGCCAGAGUCGGCGUCGUCCGGUGUCGUGCCUCCCAAAAGCCUGCAAGAUGUUACAGCAGCGUUGGCCGAGGCUUUGAAGCAGCGCUACUUCGAAUGCGCCAGGACUUGGGAUAACAGCACAGGGCACACAUGCGGCAUCUUACACGCCAUGCCUUGGGGUCGGGACGAGGAAGCCCAUCUGGAUGAUAUCAUCGUCCUGAAAAAGCGCGCCCUUUUGCAGGACAGGUACAACAAGUGCGCUGCGCGGUGGCCGGUGUUUGGGUCGCACACCUGCGAACCGAACGGAGAAGAUAGGCCGGCGGAGGAUCUUUGGAUGCCGCAUGACAGCAAGGUGAAGUCGAUGCAGUAUCGAAGGGAUCGUUAUGAAGGCUGCGAAGUGCGCUGGUCAAGCUUUGGUCGGCACUCAUGUCGUGUCGAGGAGGAAAGCGAGAGUGACGGGCUGCAGGAGAAUCAUCUGGCGCAGUUUCCCCUUGAGGUGGACGAGGAGUGGUAUCGGAGUUGA